AUGAGUAAGAUUGCCAAACUAUUCAAGGGGAGCUCCAGCUCGAGUUCGUCGAACUCCUCCAAGUCCAAGCAUCAUCGGUCGCGGGGAGGAGGUCCUUCUCCCCAAGAGGCCAUCCACAAACUCCGGGAAACAGAGGAAAUGCUGACAAAGAAGCAAGCCUACCUGGAACAGAGGAUACAGCAGGAAAUAGCAACAGCAAAGAAGCAUGGGACAAAAAACAAGCGAGCUGCUCUACAGGCGCUGAAGAGGAAGAAGAGGUACGAACAGCAGCUCACACAGAUCGACGGCACCUUGUCCACGAUUGAGUUCCAGAGAGAAGCGCUGGAGAACUCUCACACCAACACAGAAGUCCUCAAAAACAUGGGUUACGCCGCAAAGGCCAUGAAGACCGUUCACGAGAGCUUGGAUAUUAACAAUAUUGAGGACAUGAUGUUGGAUAUUGGAGAGCAACAAGACAUCGCGAGGGAGAUCAGCGAGGCCAUUUCUGGACCUAUUGGGGAAACAUUCGAUGAGGAUGAGCUACUGGCAGAAUUGGCCGAGUUGGAGGAGGAAGAAAUGGAGGACACUAUGGGUGCAUUACCGAGCGUCCCUGCAUCCAAAUUACCAAGAGAGCGGCAUGGCCAGCGUGUCUCAUCCAGAAGAAAGGUUGACGAAGACGACGAUAUGCGUAUGCUGGAAUCGUGGGGAACCUAG